AUGUCUGACUCGCUUGCCCUUCUCCGCCGUCGCCGCAGCGACGAGCUUGCCAAGCUUGCCGAUGAGCAUCUGCAACAUGAACUCCAGGCAGACGAUCGGGAUGCACUCAAGUCAGCUGCAUCAACUGUUUCCUUGUGGACUACGGUUGGAUCUGCGGUAGGCCUUGGGCUUGGAUUGUAUGCUGCCAUUCGGCUACGAAGCACCCGCAAGGCGUUCUUUGCCGCUAUUCGAGCACAGGAACGGCCUACCAAGGUUGUCUUUGCAGAUGGACGUACCGAGCCUAUUCCAGAUUUGACACCACUACUGAAACCUACCACCCUCGGGGAUGUUGCAACCUAUUUCUUUGCUUCACUCGGUGGUCUAUUUUUGGGUGGAGAACUAGGCUUUAUGGGCGGAGCAGCCAGUGGAAGCCGCAGCAUCACAGCUGAUCCGGAAAGGAAAAGGCGGAUCGAGACUGCUUUUAGAAGGUUCAGAGCCGAUGUCCUUCGAAGAGAAGCAGAUUCGCUAGAUAACGGUGCCAACGUUUCAGAGAUCAUGUUCUGA